AGUGGCCUGGCGACUCCAACAACGUGCAGAACAACGCCUCAGGAGCCUUCGGUGGAUCAGCCGUAGGAGAUCACGACGCCGAUCGGCAGCGCGUUUUUCAGGUGACAUUUUCGCAGUCUUCGCUGAUACUUAGGGCCAGUGUAUCACUUUCCCGUGGUGUGGACUAUGCUGAGGGGGUUCCCCUUGGAAGUCAAGGCGAAAGUAACGGGGAACAAAAGGGCAACCCAUUCAGCCACGGAUAGUGAAAAAUUAGCGUUAAGAUACGUACGCAUCAAUUCCACAACGAAACACGAAUCACGCAUGCCGUUACAACCAAGAAGGAAGAUACGCAAUGGCACAUAUUCUUGCAGUACGGAAACUUAGACGAACUGCGCAAUGUGCUACAGCAACUUUCGGGUACCGCUACUGGGAGAGGACAAGUUAUGCGGCCUAUAAUGUUGACAAGCUAGCGCGCUAGUAAAAAAUCAUAUAAUUCUGAUUAAGUUCUUCUUCUUGCACGUGCAGGCGCUGCCUCAGCGGCAUCUUGUCGUGGAUAGGAAGAUCGAUGUUCGUCUACCCAUUUACUUCCUGGACAUGUAGUACAAUUGUGCUCAAAUCCUUCUAAUUUCCUAAGUAGAGUAGAGGGUGCUAGCGCGGCGGCCAGCGGAGCACUGCAGCAACAGAAGCUUGUCGCAUCCUUAUACAAGGAUGUGGCGUUCGAUAUCUCAAGGCUAGAUCAUCGUGAGCGUCAACAACUUCUCUUGCCGACGCGUGGUGUCUGG